AUGGCUGAGGAAAGAGCACAGAUAGACGCCUUCCGGCGCAGUUUUGCCUUUGAGGAUGUGUACAUCUCCUUCACCGGAGAGGAGUGGGAGAUACUUGAUGAGAAUCAGAAACGCCUGUACUGUAAUUUGAUGAUGGAGACCUUUGCGCAAGUGAUGUCACUGGGACUUGCAGUUUCCAGAAACCGUAUAAUGUCCCAACGGGAGCCAGAGCGAGAGCCUGUGAUUCCUAACAGGGCAGACAUGGCUCCAACCGAGGCAGACGUGAUCCGGGAGAGCCCAGGCCCUAAUUGUAGCCAUAAUGUGGAGAAUAACGAUGCCUCUUCUGAGGAGGGCACUUCUAUAAAAAUAUCAGAUGUGCGAACGCUGCAGGUGGGUGCUUCCGUUCAAAACAGCCACCCAUGUGAUAUGUGUGACCCAAUAUUGAAAGAUAUUUUCUGUCUGGCUGGGGAACAGGAAACAUCCCCUGCGCUGCAACCAUAUUCAUGUGAGUCAUGUGGGAGAACCUUCUGGUUCAGUACAAACCUUGCCCAAACUCCAAGGCAGCAGAGUGGAGAGACAGUCCCUAAAAUGGAGAAGGGCCAGGCCUCCUCUGUGAAAAGCUGCAGAUGCCAUGCGUUAGAGACGGCUUGUACCUCCAGAGAGGGUGAGGAGGACUCCUUGGCCAGCCCUGGACUUGUCCAGAUCCAUGCCACUCACAAUUCGGAGGAACCAUACGGGAGUUCUGGGUGUGCCGAGGCCUUUCACACUGAACAGAUGGAUUACCAGUGCAGUGAAAGUGGGGAAGAUUUUAGCCACAAAGAGGAGUAUUUUCAGACCCAGGCAAUCCCCAUGAGAGAAAAAACUUAUGACUGCAGCCAUUGUGGGCAAGUCUUUAGUGACAAUUCCUACUUGCUAUUGCACAAGGAGACUCACAGCAGUGCAACACGUUAUAAGUGUAAUGACUGUGGGAUAUUUUUUUGCUGCAACUCCAACCUCAGAACACACCAGAGAACUCACCCAGGAUCAAAGUCUUUUGAGUGUGCUGAAUGUGGGAAAUCCUUUAGCAGAAAAUCCUACAUUGCUCACCACCAGAGAAUUCACACUGGAGCAAGACCUUAUGAGUGUAACCAAUGUGGGAAAGCCUUUAGCCGCAAAGACACACUUACUCAGCACCAGAAGACUCACAGUGGAGACAGGCCUCUUAAAUGCAGCACUUGUGGGAAAGGAUUUAUCCGUAAAGAUGUACUCGCUCAGCACGAGAAAAUCCACACUAGAGAGAAUUCUGUGUGUGAUGAAUGUGGGAAAUCCUUUAGCCACAGUUCCUACCUUAAAACACAUAAGAGAAUUCACAGUGGAACAAGGCCUUAUGUGUGCAAUGAAUGUGGGAAAACCUACAUCAGUAGGCACCACCUUAGUCAACACAAGAAAGUUCAUACCACAGUAAAGACUACGGAUGAAGUGAAUGUGGGAAAUUCUAUGUUGACAAUUCCAGGCUCAUCUAACUCCAGAGACUUAACACCGGAGCAAGGCAUUAUAGGUUCAGUGAAUGUGGAAGAGCCUCUGGAAGACUCUCCCACCUUGCUUGGCAAAUAA